ACCCGCCAUGCGCCCGCCGGCUCCGGCCACGCUGGGGCUAUUGCUGCUGCCCCUGUUGAUGCUGCCGGGGGAGGCUGACAAGAAGCCGACGCCCUGCCAGAGCUGCCGGGAGCUGGUGGACAAGUUCCAUCAGGGGAUGGUGGACACAGCAAAGAAAAACUUUGGUGGCGGGAACACUGCGUGGGAGGAGAAGACUCUGUCCAAGUAUGAGUCCAGUGAGGUCCGCCUGCUGGAGAUCCUGGAGCGCCUGUGUGGGAGCAGCGACUUCGAGUGCAACAGGAUGCUGGAGGAGCACGAGGAGCAACUGGAGGCCUGGUGGCUCCGGCUGAAGAAGGACUAUCCUGACUUAUUUGAAUGGUUUUGUGUGAAAACACUGAAAUUUUGCUGUUCACCAGGAACUUACGGACCAGACUGCCUCGCGUGCCAGGGUGGCCCCAAGCGUCCUUGUAGUGGCAAUGGGCGCUGCAGCGGAGAUGGCAGUAGGCAGGGAGAUGGGUCCUGCCAGUGCCAUAUGGGCUACAAGGGGGCUCUGUGUACCGACUGCGUCGAUGGCUACUUCAGCUCACUGAGGAACGAGACGCACAGCAUCUGCACAGCCUGCGAUGAGUCCUGUAAGACGUGUACUGGCCCCACCAACCGUGACUGCAACCAGUGUGAAGGGGGCUGGGUACUGGAGGGUGACGCCUGCCUAGAUGUGGAUGAGUGUGCGGCCGAGACGCCUCCUUGCGAGUUAAGUCAGUUUUGCAAGAACAUCAACGGCUCCUACUACUGUGAAGAAUGUGAUUCCACCUGUGUGGGCUGCACAGGGAAAGGCCCGGAGCAGUGUAAAGACUGCAUCCCUGGCUACACAAAAGAAAACGGCCAGUGUACAGACAUAGAUGAAUGUUCACUUGAAGAAAAAGCAUGCAUGAGAAAAGGUGAAAACUGCUACAACACACCGGGAAGUUUCGUCUGCGUGUGUCCUGACGGCUUUGAAGAAACAGAAGACGCCUGUGUGAAGACCGAGGUGCAAGGAGGUGGAAAACCUCAUGGCCUUUUGUUCUGGGAUUGAACACAUCUCUGUUUGUUUUCUGACAGAAGAAAGCGCAACACAAGCACCCUCCCAUGAAGAUUUAUGACAUGCGCGCGUCAGAGCUGGAAGUCACACCUGCCCUUUAAAUUAAAUUAUUGAGACUGAAAAAGACACCGUGUCCACCUGUUUCCUCCAAGGUGGCUGGGGAGAAGCUGUCGUCAUUGAAACCUUUGAUGCUCAUUUGGCCCUUUUUAAAAAAGCUGCAUUUUUCUUGGUGGUUUUUAAACAGAUACAUAUAUUUUGAUACUGUUCUUUAUAAUAAAAUUGACCAUCGGAGGUAGUCAGGCACAGAA